AUGUCUUUAUUACGUCUGUGCACACUGUUCCCAUUACUCUGCUUCUGCUGGCUGUACUUAUUGUAUAUCUGUGCUAUUAGGUUCUUCCGAAAUGAUACUUAUACUUAUGUACUGUCAAAUGUAAAGGAAUAUGAAAUCUCCUCGGGGUUGCUUUAUAUUCUUGUGAAAUGUGUAAUAAAGUUAAGAGCUGAAAAUGUUAGGAUACUAUGGGCCUUUUAUGUCAUUCCUAUGUAUCGGCACACUAUUUACCCUUAUUUAGAAGUGAAGCAGUGCAUGUAG